UUCAAGUUCAAUCAAACAUGGCUUUGAAGAAUGCUUUGAUUGCAUUAACGGCGCCUCUUCCUUCCAUCUUCUUCUACAUCUCCUUCCUUAAUCACUACCAAAACGAUCAACAUCUACUCUCACCUCUAUGGAAUUGGUGCUAUCGACACCCCCUCAUCUUGGCCAACACCAUAUUCUUCCUCAACAUCGAUGUCGGUUUCUGGCUCAUUAGCCUCCUCCAAUCCAGCAACUGGAUGAUAGACUUGUAUUGGACUGUUAUUCCGGUUUUGUUGGCGCAUUACUUCGCGAGCCACCCUGAUGGGGAAUAUAACAUGUGGCGGUCUGCGGUGGUGGUGGGGUUGACAUGGGUUUGGGCUGUCCGAUUGACUCAUAACUAUCUCCGCCGGGAGAAGUGGCAAUGGGGUGCGAGAGAGGAUUGGAGGUUCACCGAUAUGGCUCAACAACAUGGCCAAAACUGGUGGUGGGUUUCGUUCUUUGGUGUUUACCUCAUUCAGCAGGUAUUCCUAUUUGGAGUAUGUAUACCUCUCUACAUUGUCCACACUGUCAACAAGCCAGUCAACAUAUGGGACGUAGUUGCAUCAAUCGUCUGCAUUUGUGGCAUCGCCUACGCGUAUUUAGCGGACACCCAACUUUACACAUUUGUAACCAAAAAUGAAAAACUAAAAGAAGAAGGAAAGGCUUUGGUGCCUAAUCUAAACAAAGGGUUGUGGUAUUAUUCUAGACACCCUAACUAUUUUGGUGAGCAACUAUGGUGGUGGGGACUUGCUAUCUUUGGUUGGAGCCUAGGGGGCACUUGGGUCUUUAUUGGUGCACUUAUAAACACGUUGUGUUUGGCGUAUGUGACCACACUUGUGGAAAAAAGAAUGCUCAAACAAGAGUAUAGGGUAGAAUCCUACAAGAUGUACCAAAAGACAACUUCUAUCUGGGUACCUUGGUUCAAAUCAUCCCCUAUACAAGUGUUUAAAGACAAGGAUUGUUGA